AAGCACGAAUGUUCUUGUUCCAAACGAUCUUGAUUUAUUUGCCGCCAAGAUCUUUAGGAUUUAGUUCUUGAGCUGUAAUUGUUUUACUUAGUACAACAGGGUAAGCCCGACAGACGUUCUUUCCCAUAUCACGACGCGUUGUCAUAACCGCAGGGAUUGCGUAUGAAUUUAAAAAUGUCGGUCUGCGAUGAUGAUUCAUUGGACGAUAUCGAAGAUAUUGUAGGAGAAGGAGACUUGACAGGAUUAGAAAGAUCUAUAGCCAGGUCUAAUGCAGUUGGUAAACGAGUCAAGAAAGUUCCCAGCUGCAAAGAUCCAGCAAAAGUAAACCAGAUUAAUCAGCCAUCCGAGAAAAAUGGAAGCAUUAUUCCUGGAACCCAAAAAAUCUGGAUGAAAACCUGGGGGUGUGCACAUAAUAGUUCUGAUUCUGAGUAUAUGGCAGGCCAACUUGCAGCCUAUGGCUAUUUGCUGACAGAUGCGAAAUAUGAAGCAGAUUUGUGGCUUCUCAACUCCUGUACUGUCAAAACGCCAGCUGAAGAUCAUUUCAAAAAUGAGAUUGACGAUGGGAGAGCUAGAGGCACACCAGUUGUAGUAGCUGGAUGUGUUCCACAGGGACAACCAAAAUCAAAUUAUUUGCAAGGGUUGAGCAUCAUCGGCGUUCAGCAAAUAGACAGGGUGGUCGAAGUUGUAGAGGAAACUCUGAAAGGACAUUCUGUGCGUCUUUUGGGCACGAAGAAGGACGCUGAAAAGAAGAAAACCGGAGGAGCAUCGUUGCUGUUACCGAAAAUUCGCAAGAAUCCUUUAAUCGAAAUCAUCCCAAUUAAUACGGGUUGCCUCAAUCAGUGCACUUACUGCAAGACGAAACAUGCGCGAGGAGAGCUGGGUAGCUACCCACCGGAAGAAAUUGUUGCCCGAGCGGUACAAUCCUUCCAAGAAGGCGUUUGCGAGAUCUGGUUGACAUCCGAAGACACAGGGGCGUACGGAAGAGAUAUUGGCACGUCGUUACCCGAAUUACUCAGGCAACUCGUCCAAGUCAUUCCAGAUGGAUGCAUGCUCCGAUUAGGCAUGACCAAUCCUCCUUACAUCCUCGAGCAUCUCGAGGCGAUUGCCGAGAUCCUCAAUCACUCUCGAGUUUAUGCCUUCCUUCAUUUACCUGUUCAGUCCGGAAGCGAUGCAGUUUUGUCUGACAUGAAACGAGAAUAUUGCGUAGCGGACUUUGAGAGAGUGGUGAAUUUUCUUCGUGAUCGCGUGCCAGGCAUAUCGAUCGCCACGGACAUCAUUUGUGGUUUUCCGACCGAGACUGAACAAGAUUUUGAUUUAACGAUGGAACUGUGUUCUAAAUAUCGUUUUCCAAGUUUAUUCAUUAAUCAAUUCUUUCCACGGCAAGGCACGCCCGCCUAUCGCAUGGAACGUGUCCCCACCAAACAGGUAAAAAAUCGAACCAAAAGACUGAGUGAAUUGUUCAAAUCGUAUCAGCCGUACGAUAGUCAAGUCGGUCAACGGCAAUCGGUCUUGGUAACUGACAUAUCUCACGACAAGAAUUACUACGUCGGUCACAACAAAGAUUACGUCCAGGUGCUGGUACCAAUGAAUCCUGACUACAUGGGCAAAAUGGUGGAUGUUCGCAUCAUUUCAGCAAGCAAAUUUUCACUCAUGAGCGAACCACUGACUAGUCCCAAACGUCCCGACGUGCCAGAAGCUCUUGAAAAAGGUCAAAUAUCCGGACUGGCAACUGAAAGCCCUCGUGAUUCGCCAUCCAGCCACUUGAUUAGCCCACUGUGGCCGUUGGUGGGACUCACAGCCCUUGUCGGCCUAAGGUUAGCCUGGAUUAUGUACGGACGUCGGUAAAUAUGCGGAGAAAAGACAAAGCAUUCACUUUGUUGGAUCUUAUAAUAAUUUUAUUGGUUUGGCUAUCCCAUACAAAAUUCAUUCUCACUA